UAUUAACUCAUGCUUCGUUUGUCCUGAGCGCAUGUCCCAUCAAUGAUACGAAGCUUCCCAAUUCCGCUCGCCUCAAUACCAUUGUUUGUUUCAUCACUUUUUAAGUAUUCCGUCACUCACACAUUUUCUGGCGCUGAUACAAAUAUAUGUACAUAGUAUACGCUGGCCGUAGCCUACUGCUGGGUGUAGUGGAGCAUCCCAUUCAUCUAACGCUGAAAGCAGGAGCCGAGAAGAAGCAAACGGGUGAUUCAAUCGGCACCAGUAGACCUAUCUGGAACGAACAGUUGGAUCUCAACAUCAAGAAGAAAAAGCACAAUGAGCUGAAGAUAAAGCUCAUGGUGCGGACGGUCGCGCUGGGGGCCCUCCGCAUCGGAAUCGACACGCUGCCCUUUGAAGAAGGAGACCGAAAAAGUUGGUACGGAAUCUUUUCGGAAGAUGGAGAGAAGCUGUGCGAAGUUUGCAUGCGGAUAUGGAUAUCAGCACAGACCAGGAUCAAGCCCAAAUCUAAGAUGCGCUUACUUGCAUCCCCCCUCUCGUCCCUUGGGUCCAGGGGCAACUUCGAUCAAGACACCAGCCGCGAGUCUUUGGACUCGACCAGUAGCGUACACCACGCACCUAUCGCCCACACAUCCUCCAUGCUACCAUCCUUGGACAUUACCAGUUUCACGCCCACCUCUGGGCCGCCGGGGGGUAUCAUUGUCAUCAGAGGCGAUCGAUUGGGAAUGUCGGAAGGGGAAAUCAACACAAUCACCGUAGCCGGACACACAGUGGAGGAAUUCGAGUGGAAGAGUCGUGCGGAGAUUAGGGUGUCUACCUCGGAAGAAUCGGAGGGCGCUGGAAGGGUAGUGAUAUGGUUUAAGGACGGCGACUCUGCGACGUCCGAUACUAUGUACACGUUCACCGAACUGGGGGAGAGCCGCAAAUCCAUGCAGGUUGAGAUGGAGGCGCUGCAACCAGACAUCCAACAAAUCUUCCCGGAGAGGGGUUCGGAAGCCGGCUGCCAAGUGGUGACCAUUGACGGCGAAAGCUUGGGCAACAACCACGACGACCUCGUGUACCUGAGUGUUGCGGGGUGGCUGUGUGACCUGCAACAGGUGACCUGGAAGUCAUCGAAUUGUAUCAAGCUACUGACACCGCCUGGCUGCGGACGGGGCCCUGUUGUGCUGGUCACGGUAUCUGGCGGGCCAAGUACUACGCAAGUUGAAUAUACGUACUCGAAGAAGCCAUUGCCGCUGGAAGACAGAGCGGUCACAGAAUUGAGCAACUUUUCCGCGUCAGAACUGCAAGAGCUGGCGACUUGGCAAUCGGAUACGAUAAAAGACCUCAGGGAGUACUUAGACAAGUCGCGCCGUCAAAUGCAAAUGCUGGUGGAAAAGAUAGGGGCCGACCAUCCCGAGACAUUACUCGCUUUCACAGAAGGCGUGGGCAACUCUUGAGUAGAAGCAAGAUAAUUAGGCGUAAAAUACAAAUAAAUUAGAUAUCUUAGACGA